AUGGCUUACGUGCUAGUCACUCUCUGUUGCGCUUUCGCGGCCUUGGGGUCAUUCCUGUUCGGUUAUGACUCGGGUGUGAUCUCGUCGAGCAUAGAGCAGAAUGCCUUCCUGGCUAAAUUUGGGUCGCCUAGUCUAUCUGAUGCGGCCAGUGGUGGAAUUAUCUCCUCCUAUACAGGAGGGGCAAUCGUGGGGUCUUUGCUUGCACCCUACAUCUCUGAUUUCAAAGGCCGGAGGAUGGUCAUUUUCAUUGGAGGGGCUCUUGCUACACUUGGUGCUGCACUUCAAGGAGGUGCCGUCACUGUUGCGAUGCUAAUCGCUGGUCGAUUUAUCGCGGGCUUAGCAAUUGGUCUCAUGUCUGCAACCAUCCCCGUAUAUUGCAGCGAGGUUGCGCCACCCCGGAUUCGUGGUAUGCUGGCGAGCAUGCAGCAAUGGAUGAUUGGCCUGGGAAUUAUGGUGGCUCAAUGGGUCGGAUAUGGAUGUUCCCGCUAUACCGACGAUUUUGCCUGGAGAUUUCCUCUCUCAUUGCAAACAGCACCAGCGAUCAUCCUAACAUGCGGUGUCUGGUUUCUCCCCGAGUCGCCUCGCUGGCUCAUCGAACAUGGACAGGAAGCAGCCGGUCGGUCGGUACUGACUAAGCUCCAUUUGAAUUUCAGCGCGACCAACGGCCAGCUCGUUGAGGAAGAGAUGGCCCAGAUUCGCGAGAGUGUCGCUUACGAACAAACCGCCGCCGUCCGCUCCUGGCGUCAACUCUUACUAUCCCGGCAGUGGCGAUAUCGGAUUCUCUUGGCUUGUGGCUUACAAGCUUUCACGCAAAUAUCUGGCGCGAACGUCAUCCAAAACUACGGACCCCGCCUAUAUAAGUCCUUGGGUCUCUCGACCUCGACAUCACUCAUGAUCAUCGGCGUCUGGGGUGCGCUGGCGCAGCUCUGGAAUACGAUUUUCAUGGUAUUCAUUGACAAAGUCGGUCGGCGGAAGCUGCUGAUUCCAUCGCUGUUUGGCAUGGGCGCAGCUAUGUGUGUUGAGGCUACACUCGCGCGAUACGUCGAUUUCAGCGACAGCAACGCCAAUCAGAGCGCACUUCGUGCUGCAAUUGCCAUGUUCUUUGUUUUCUCACUCUUCUUUACGGCCCUAGGUAUGAUAUCAUGGAUUUAUCCGGCCGAGAUCUUCCCUACAGCCAUUCGAGCUCGGGGGACUUCUGUCGCUACCGCGACAAACUGGAGUCUGAACUUGAUUUUCGCGCAGUGCUCACCUAUUGCACUCACAAAUAUUGGCUCGAAGUAUUUCUACUGCUUUGUUGCUUUCAAUUGGGCAGCCAUGUUUAUCGUUUGGCUUUGCUACCCUGAGACUGUGGGCCACUCUCUUGAGGAGGUUGAGGAUGUCUUCACGGACAAGACUCAGGUUUCGCAGCCGGAAGUGAUUACUGAGGCGCCAAGCCCGGAUUCGGAUCUUGUGCGACCUCGUUCGCAUAUCAAGCAUAAGGGAAUGGAUCCUUUGUCUAUGCAUCCGACGAAUAGUAGUUGGAGCAGUCGCGGCAGCAACACCUCGCCGCGGCUAUGGUGUAAGAAGAUGGAAGUAUAA